AUGGCUACUGUUAACCCGGCAACAUCGGCAUCGGCUACAUUGUCAGCUUUGGACAUUCACCAGGCGAGAUCUUGUGGAAAUGCUAGUGCUGUUUCACAACAGAGACAUAGUUCGCCACCUACAGUAGUUGUUCUCAGUGCUUCAUCGCAAAUAAGUACUCCAGUUACAGCUGUGCCAAGUAACACCCUCCCAAUCGCGAGUGUCGCCAAUUCGACCCUGAAGAAGAGUGGCGGCGUUGAAUACUGCCUUGAAAGUUCAGAUUCGGAUGUAGUGGCGUCAGACGCAGUACAGCCGGGUGUACAGCCCGACUACGUUCAGUAUGUAGAGAGUGCGUCUGAGCAGGACAUAUAUUCUUCAACAAAUGGCCAGACGUCCUAUCCUGUUUACACUGUUGAAGAGCCUGAAAAGAUGUAUGCACCAGUUUCGGAACCAUAUUAUAAUGAUAGCACAGCUGCUGUUCCAUACAAUCAGGUAGCUGGCAGUGUUGGACAGGGUUCAGGAAACAAUCAGUUGUUAGCUCAGCAAAGUAGCUCAUAUCUGAUACAGGAAAGUAUUGAAUCAGAUACAGCACAUUCAUUAAUUACACCACAACAUAAUAAUACUCAGUCAAUAAAUUCAGAUUCUGGUGGUGUGACUUACUUGAUAUCUGGUAACAGUGGUAUGGAAAGUGAUGGACAAGAUGCCCAUUCGCAUAACACACGAGCUACACCAGCAACUGUACAUUGGCUUCUGGAUAAUUAUGAAACUGCAGAGGGAGUAAGUCUGCCUCGUUCAACACUGUAUAAUCAUUAUCUUUAUCAUUGUAAUGAGCGCAAACAAGAUCCUGUUAAUGCUGCUUCAUUUGGAAAAUUGAUACGCUCAAUUUUUCUUGGCCUGAGAACGAGACGCCUAGGAACCCGAGGAAAUUCCAAGUAUCAUUAUUAUGGUAUACGUAUCAAACCGAACUCUAUUUUAAAUCAACUGUUUGAGGAUGGGACAUCAGUUGCUGUUCGACCACAAACAGGAUCUCAGAAACGUUUCAAGUUCCUUUCGGGGUCAGGCCAGAAAAGCACAGAGUAUGAACAGUCUUCGCAUCACACUUCUUUAGGUCACUGCCAGGAACUACACAAGCACCAUGAAUUUUUAGGUGAUAGUACAUCUGCAAUCCCAGAUUUUCCUGAAAUAGAAAUGUCAAAUGUUGUUUUACCUGAGGAAUGUACACUUGAAGAUGUUGAUACGCUUCGCAGUAUUUAUAGAGAACAUUGUGAAGCCUUUUUAGAUGCUAUUCUUAACUUGGAAUUCCCAACUAUUGAAAGUCUUUGGAGGGAAUUUUGGAGAACUCAAGAUGAUAAUAAUGGGGAUGAAUGUGAAGAAGAGAGAUACUUGUCGAAAACAAAGCUGUUCAUCUUGUGUAAAUUGGAACCUAUACAGCAAUUUGUCAGAGUUGUAGAUUAUAGAUUUUAUCAAAAUUUAGUAUAUGUUCUGAUACCAGAUGUCCUUCGCCCAAUUCCGAGCUCCCUUACCCAAGGCAUUCGCAAUUUUGCAAAAAGUCUAGGAACUUGGUUGACAUCUGCCAUGGCUGGAUGUCCAAGUGACAUAGUUCAAAUAAAAAUGGCUGCAGCAAAUGCAUUUGCACAAACUUUACGUCGCUACACAUCUUUAAAUCAUUUGGCACAGGCUGCACGUGCCGUACUUCAGAACUCGUCACAGAUAAACCAGAUGCUGGUAGACUUAAAUCGUGUAGAUUUCCACAAUGUUCAGGAUCAAGCAUCAUGGGUGUGUGAAUGUGAUAAUGGUGUUGUACAAAGACUGGAAGCAGACUUCAAAAUGACAUUGCAGCAGCAAAACUCACUUGAACAAUGGGCAGCUUGGCUGAAGGGUGUUGCAACUCAGGUGUUAAAACCUUAUGAAGGAAGACCAAACUUUACAAAAGCAGCAAGACAGUUUCUGCUGAAAUGGUCCUUUUAUAGUUCAAUGGUAAUAAGAGAUCUGACACUCCGAAGUGCAGCCAGCUUCGGUUCAUUUCACCUUAUACGUCUGUUGUAUGAUGAAUACAUGUUCUUUCUGAUUGAACAUCAAGUUGCACUGCAGACAGGAGAAACACCAAUUGCUGUCCUUGGUGAAAAGCUUCAUAGCUCAUCUGAUAUAAGUGGUUAUUUACAGAUAAAUGCACUAAAUGUGGAAUAGUGAUACAACUGGCUGAGAAAAGAGUGAUUCAGCAGUAUGAAAUGCUGCCACUUCAGCUACUAUUCAUUGGUGGCUUCACUAAAUCGUAUACUGUGCAUAAAUCUGUAAAAGACAAGUUCCUCUUGCCAUUGUUGUGCAAUGAUAUAUUUAUUGACCUGUAGAGUACAUGGUGGUUCAGUUCGAGUGUUCUCUUACUUCAUGUUUUUCAAAUUCAGUUUAUUUACAUUUAAUUUCUUUCAUAGGUCAUCCCUUUUAUAAAUUAGGAUUCACUUGGAAACAUACUUCCAGAAUAUUUGGCCAGUCAUAUCUUUCUUCAUGCUUUACUGUUCAGAUGCUACUGCUAGUUAUAAAAUGUUUAUGGAUGCUGUUGAAUUACUGUUACCUGCAUCUGAGGAAACAGCAGGUUACUGUGCAAUGCGAAUGUGUUGAAAUGACUUGUAUGAUUUAUGUGACUGUGUUAUGAUGGAAUUUAUGCAGGCAUGUAUUUCAUGUCAGUGUGUCACUAUACUUAUUCAUUAGGGAAAUACAAGUCUUGAAAUCAUUACAUAAAGAGUAUUUCUGUUCACCAGGGUUAACUUUUUCUCUCUUGUCCUUGUAGCGAAUCAUUUUUAGUUCCUCAAUUUACUAAGGUAAUCGUACUGUUAACAGUGUAUGUCUCUAAAGGUAGUAUGAAUAAACCUUUGUCAGUACUAUAUAUCAGUGUUAUGUGUUUAAAUCCAUGUGGAAUCAAAAUAUUAAGAGAAAAGCAAUUCCUUCAGCUUCUUGGUAGAAGUCUGUGUGUGUGUGUGUGUGUGUGUGUGUGUGUGUGUGUGUGUGUGUGAAGUAAUGAGUUUUCUGUGUUACAAGUUGCAUUUCUCUUAAGCAGAGUAUAAUAAACAAUGGUUUAUUGUGAUGGUCACUGUUAUUUGUUAAGUGUAUCUAUAUAUUGGUGUGAUAACUGUCCACAGAACGUCGUGUGUACUUGUGUGUAUGUAAGUGUUCCUGUGUGAAUUUUGUUUACCAGAGAGAAUUUUGUCUAUACCUGUAGUAUGUAGAGAAUUAACUUACUGUAAAAGUUAAGCUCAGUAAUGCAUUUAUUAUGUGUGUUCAGCUUCUAAGUCACAUGUCUGAUGAUGAUGAUGACAAAUAUUAUUUGAAAUUAGGAGACCUCUUAAUUUUGACGAAGUUUCAUGUUCAGAUCUAUAUGUUAGCAAGUGAAUAAUGUGAUACUUAUUGCACCAUUCCAUAAAAAUCUGUGCUGAUUUACUGAAAGCCAUUUAAAUUCUCCAGGAAACAUAAAGGAUUUGACCACAAACACUGAUUUAUUUAUGGAAUGCAAUCCAUUGACAAUUUUAUGAUUGUUACUUCUGUAAUAUAAGACAUAAAUUAUACAAUAUUCUCUCUCUUGUUGGACAGAAAACAAAUCAGAACUUCCAUAAGUUUUCUGGCACAUGAAUUUUGAUUCCCAUAACACAGUUUCUACACUGAAAAUAAGCAGAAAUGUGAUCUUUUAUUUACAUAUUUACAUUAAUGCAUAAGUCUUUUUAUAUUUAUUUGGGAAAGCACUCAGAUAAAUAAGUUAAAAGUUGAUGCAUUAUUUAGUCAUUGUAAAUGUAGUAGUUGCUCAGAGA